AUGGCCGGAGGUCGGUGGCCCUGGCAUGACGGCCGAACUAUUGCCUUAUGGGUUGUCUUUGGGAUAUUGCUUACAAGUUACAUUCUUCAACAAUGGCUGUGUGUCUUCACUACCCCACGGUCUCGAAGCUUCCCUGUGCAUUUAUUGGCGUCACGUACACAGGUUCUCCUCGGCAUCACCACCGCCUCAAAUGUGGCAGUUUGCUUUUUUGUCAUCUACUUUAUCCCCCUAUACUUCCAGUUUGUGCAUGGAGAUGGCGCCCUCCUCGCUGCUGUUCGCCUUCUACCGUUCAUUACCUCAAUGUCUCCACCAGCCUGGCUCGGCCUGCUGUCAAGUUUGGGUAGCGGUCUGCUUAUGGGGUAUAUCAAGACUAGCACGUCGCAGGGUGUCAUCUACGGCAUUCUCGUAUUGCUUGGUUUUGGCAGCGGCUUGACAUUCUCGAUGGGCUUCUCAGUAUCCACGCUCAAGGUCAAGCCCUCGGCCAUUGGCAAUGUCGUUAGCUUCCAAGAUAUCUGUCGGCUAGGAAGUUCUACAAUCGUCCUAGUCAUUGCCGGCCAAGUUUUCCAGAGCCGCGCCACAGCUAACUUUGAACAUGUACUUGCCGGCAAAGGCUUUUCGUCCGCCGACAUCCAAGGCGCUGUUGCUGGUGCUCAGAGCACACUGUUCAAACAACUUGAUGCAAGUUUGAAGUUGGAGGCCAUCAGUGCCAUCACAGAAGCGAUACAGCGGACUUUUGUGCUCACCAUCGUAGGGGCAGCUAUCAUGACAUUGGCCGGAGCGUGUAUGCGAGUUGACAAGAUAUUUGAGGCCCGAUCAACAAGGCUUGAUGAGAGCGAAGCGACGCAACUACCAUUGCCCUAA